AUGAACACCUCAGCCCCGCCCGCCGUCAGCCCCAACAUCACUGUCCUGGCACCGGGAAAGGGUCCAUGGCAAGUGGCCUUCAUUGGGAUCACCACUGGCCUCCUGUCACUGGCCACGGUGACAGGCAACCUGCUGGUGCUCAUCUCCUUCAAGGUCAACACAGAGCUCAAGACGGUCAACAACUACUUCCUGCUGAGCCUGGCCUGUGCCGACCUCAUCAUCGGCACCUUCUCCAUGAACCUCUACACCACCUACCUGCUCAUGGGCCACUGGGCUCUGGGCACGCUAGCCUGCGACCUCUGGCUGGCCCUGGACUAUGUGGCCAGCAAUGCCUCUGUCAUGAACCUGCUGCUUAUCAGCUUUGACCGAUACUUCUCCGUGACGCGGCCCCUGAGCUACCGUGCAAAGCGCACGCCCCGCCGGGCGGCCCUCAUGAUCGGCCUGGCCUGGCUGGUUUCCUUCGUCCUCUGGGCCCCAGCCAUCCUCUUCUGGCAGUACCUGGUGGGUGAGCGGACAGUGCUGGCCGGGCAGUGCUACAUCCAGUUUCUCUCCCAGCCCAUCAUCACCUUCGGCACAGCCAUGGCUGCCUUCUACCUCCCGGUCACGGUCAUGUGCACGCUCUACUGGCGCAUCUACCGGGAGACCGAGAACCGAGCACGGGAGCUGGCAGCCCUGCAGGGCUCGGAGACACCAGGCAAGGGAGGCGGCAGCAGCAGCAGCUCAGAGCGGUCCCAGCCAGGGGCAGAGGGCUCCCCUGAGACCCCUCCAGGGCGCUGCUGCCGCUGCUGCCGGACCCCCCGGCUGCUGCAGGCCUACAGCUGGAAGGAGGAAGAGGAGGAGGACGAAGGCUCCAUGGAGUCCCUCACGUCCUCCGAGGGUGAGGAGACCGGCUCCGAGGUGGUGAUCAAGAUGCCCAUGGUGGACCCUGAGGCACAGGCCCCCGCCAAGCAGCCCCCCCGGAGCUCCCCAAAUACAGUCAAGAGGCCCACCCGGAAGGGGCGGGAGCGAGCUGGCAAGGGCCCAAAGCCCCGUGGGAAGGAGCAGCUGGCCAAGCGGAAGACCUUCUCACUGGUCAAGGAGAAGAAGGCGGCUCGGACCCUGAGUGCCAUCCUGUUGGCCUUCAUCCUCACCUGGACACCAUACAACAUCAUGGUGCUGGUGUCCACCUUCUGCAAGGACUGUGUUCCUGAGACCCUGUGGGAGCUGGGUUACUGGCUGUGCUACGUCAACAGCACCAUCAACCCCAUGUGCUAUGCACUCUGCAACAAAGCCUUCCGGGACACCUUCCGCCUGCUGCUGCUCUGCCGCUGGGACAAACGUCGCUGGCGCAAGAUCCCCAAGCGCCCUGGUUCUGUGCACCGCACCCCCUCCCGCCAAUGCUGA